AUUUAAUUAUCCACCCGCCCCAACACUUCAUUAUCGCUAUCCACCACCAACAGUUGAAAUCCUUUAUAACAUUAUGAACGCAAUAGCGGCGGUACCCAAAUUGUAUACACAAGUAUUACAUUUAAUGAAUAAAAUGAACUUACCACCACCAUUUAAACCAGUGGUUCCUGAAUCUGUACCAACUCUACUCCAACAACAUUUUUCUGAUUUGCAAAAUGCUGAUGAUAAUAGUAAGAAACGUAAAAAGCGGGACGAAUUAUUGUCAGAGGAUGAAUCAGAAAUUGAUAGCGAGGAUGAAGAAGAAAGGAACGUGAGGUCAAAAAAGAAGACUAAGUCAACGGCCAAUGCGUUUAGUGCAAUCCCAUUAGUACUACCGAUUGCCACUACCGAUAAUCCAUAUGUAAAUCCGUUAUCGGCAGCGGAUUCAGCAUUUAACUUAGAAACUAAUCAAUCGGUAGCAGAUUCAGCAUUUAACUUAGAAACUAAUCAAUCGGUAGCAGAUUCAACAUUUAACUUGGAAACCAAUCAAUCGGCAGCCGAUUCAACAUCUAACUUAACCAAUCAAACUAAUCAACCGGAGCCACAUAGUUGUAUCUCAAUUGAAGAUAUUAAUGGCAACAAAAUGCCAAUCGAAGAGUUACAAAAAAUACCUGCCAUGAAGAAUUAUUCGCCCGGAGAUCCCACAAAUACUCUAUAUAUAAAAAAUUUAACCCAGAGAAAAAUUGAAGAUAAAGAUUUGGAAUAUCUUUUUGGUAGAUAUUUUCAAUCACGUUCAGAAAUGGAAAGUCAGUUGGGAAUUCAAUUAUUGAAAGGACGAAUGAGAGGGCAGGCAUUCAUAAAGCUUCCUAGUCUAGAAAUAGCAACACAAGCCCUAAACGAAUUUCACG